AUGCCGCUUUCGUGCCCAUUCCCCAAUCAGGGAUGCCGUCCGCAGGCGGCACAUCCCCCGCCACCCUGCAGCCCGCUGCCUCCAACGUUUGGAUCCACAAGGACAAUGUUCAAGAUCCAUGUGAACCACAAUCAACUGCACAGUUAUCGACCAGUGCUUGGCCAUGGGACUAGGCUGCCUGGAAUAAGAUGGAACCAUGCAAGGGAAAGAAGGGCAUUCACCAGGCACAUGUGUUCAGCAUCCAGAGAAGGCGUUACCCAACAAGCUGAUCUCUCAGCCGGUUUCAAUCUCCAAACUGCUGUUAAUCUUGCGUGCUGUGCCUUUGAGUCCUAUCUUGACCCACCAGUAGAGGAUCAGUCUUUGUGGCAGGUGCACACUUCGGCAAAUGGAGUGAAGACAACUUAUGUGGAAAGGCGCUUCUUGACCGAUUCCUUUGAUGGUCUUGUCAGCGUGGAAGUUAUGAGUGCAUCUGAUCUUCCAGAAAGAGAUACGUUGGGGGGGAGCAACCCAUACGCUGUGGUGAGCAUUGGAGAGAGCUCUGGCAGGACAGAGACUGUCGCUUGGGGCGCCGAGCCAACUUUCAACGAGAAAUUCUACCUUUUUGUGAGGAGCCCUGAAAAGGAUGUCCUGGUGGUGCGGAUGUUUGAUGAAGAUCCUGCAAAGUCUGAUGACAGUCUUGGUGCGGCAAUGUUGCCUGUGAGGUCAUUGCUUGAUGGGAAGCACCAUGACCUGGAAAUGGAGUUGAGGGGAGAUGGUGGAGGUGGAAAGCUCAAGCUGAGCGCAAGGUUUCUCAGGUGA